AGUCGGGGGGGAACAGAUGAUUCGGAUGCGACGCAUAAUCAGUUAGAGGUAUUGUUUUGUCGAUGAGAGGAGAUGAUGAAGUAGAUGUUUGUGAAGAUGGCUAAUCUAUGGCUUUGUGUGUGGGAUUGAAUAGGUCGUGCUUUAUCCUGAAUGCAAUCAUCGUCGCAAGUCCUCCUUAGUGAUGGCGGACGAUCCCAUGACGAGACCCGAUUUAUCGCAUCCGGAUCAAACGACUGCUUGUUUUGUCCACUCUUUGAUAGCGGGGGAAUGGGGGGAUCCGAAACAUAAGAUUAAGGAGUUGGAGGGGGUGUUGAGAGGGUCGAAGGAUGAGGAGAAGGAGGAGGCGAUGGGCGAUGAGGACGACAAUCAUACCUCCGUGGCGGAGGAGGCUAUGGUGCAGUCGAGGCACCUGACGAAGAAGCAGUUGUCUGAUAUGGCGUGGAAUGUGCGGAAACUGUCGAAGAAACUGGACAGUAUUAAGCUUCGGCUUACGGUUAAGACGGUGUUCUUGGUGACCAAGGCGGGGGAUCAGUCUGUGAUCGGUUCGACGAGAGAGGUCGCGAGGUGGCUUCUGUCUAAGGAGCGCGCCACGCAGUAUCAUGUAUAUGUGGAAAAACGGCUGGAGACGGAUCCCGAGUUUGGGGCUGCGCAGAUCUUGCAGGAAGAGCCGUCGGCGAAGUCUCGGUUGAAGUACUGGGAUCAUGAGCUGGCCGCGGAGAGAGCCCAUUUGUUUGAUUUUGUGGUCACGCUGGGGGGUGAUGGCACUGUGCUGUUCACGAGUUGGCUGUUUCAGCAUGUGGUGCCGCCGGUGCUGUCGUUCUCGCUGGGAUCGCUGGGGUUCUUGACGAAGUUUGACUUUAAUGAUUACCAGAAGACGCUCACGACUGCGUUUCGAGAUGGGGUGGUUGUCAAUCUGCGACUACGGUUUGAAUGCACCAUUAUGAGGAGUAACCCACUUCCUAAAGGCUCGUCGGGUGCUGGAGGGAAACGGGAUCUGGUGGAAGAGUUGAUCGGGGAAGAAUGCGAUGAUACGUUAACUCAUAGGCCGGACAAGGUCCUCCAGAUAUUGAACGAUGUUGUCCUUGAUAGAGGGCCGAAUCCUACAAUGUCCUCGAUUGAAUUGUUUGGCGAUGAUGAACAUUUUACUACACUUCUUGCCGAUGGAGUCUGCAUAGCGACGCCUACCGGCUCAACUGCGUAUAAUCUCGCGGCUGGAGGGUCGCUGUCUCAUCCAGAUAACCCAGUCAUCCUUGUCACUGCAAUCUGCGCCCAUACACUCUCGUUCCGGCCCAUCAUUCUGCCAGAUACGAUUGUUCUCCGAAUGGGAGUGCCGUACGAUGCUCGGACGAGUUCAUGGGCCAGCUUUGACGGCCGGGAGAGGAUUGAGCUACACCCGGGUGACUAUGUGACGGUUUCUGCAUCGCGAUAUCCGUUUGCGAAUGUUCUACCUCGGGGUCGACGUGGAGACGAUUGGGUGCACAGUAUUUCCAAGACACUGAAUUGGAACUCUAGACAGCGACCGAAGAGCCUCGAACCAGUCGAUGAGGAAAAGGGCAGCAAAUAGAAGGAUUGCUAAGAUGAGUGCUGCAAUUUUACGGUCCGACAUAGAGGAUCAAUUCCACAUUCCCAGUUAUUGCCUAUACAGUCUAAAAUAGAACCAUAUUGUGGCGUUGGAUAUUGGAUCGCCCCGACACAAUAUGUCGAGCUUGGCGACAAUUUCGAUGAGAAAUGCCAACCGAAUCGAACCUUCGAUUUCUGCGUAGUGGAGGUUGGUGAUGAAUUUUUACCGUCCUCUAGAAGCUUCGUAUGGGUCGGCCGUUUCCCGGGCAGCCUGGACCCGACUAUAAAAGGCCUUCCCGCACCGAAAAUUUUUUCUUCCUCUUCAU